AUGAAUGCAUCUGAAUUACGAAAGCAUAUCGGAUUGAGAUCUGGAUGUAAUCUCAGGUUCCAUGCCGACGUUAGCGAGGCUUCGAUCCUUCCGACGAAUGUUUCCCCGUAUAAUUUCAAUUGGAGAGGAUAUAGUGCAGUCACCAAUGAUGUUAAGAAUCAGGAUCCUGGAAAUUCAGUGAUGAUUGUGUGUGAUGAAAAGCUGAAGGAAGUAUUUGGAUGUGAGAGCAUUUCAGAAAUGGGAAUACCAGAGUUGUUGGUUAGACACCAUUUACUCGAGCAAUAG